UUAACAUGGCCACUCAGUGUGCAGCCCAUAUCAAACAUGGCCACUCAGCUACCUAUUCCUUGAGCACGCCCUCCGGUGACGGGAAAGGUUGCGGAAAUCGUCAUCAUUAGGCGCCUGAUAGAGCUUGUUGGGCACAUUGCACAGUGUUGCGGCGAUUUAAGGUAAAGCAUUGUCAUAUUCUGAAUAUUGCUGUUUAAAAUACAGUAUUUCGUAUCUGAAGUAAGACAUUAUAUAUAUUUAUAUCUAUAUACAUUUGUAGGGCGCACCAUGGAACCGCAGAAGGAUGCUCCUCCACCAAAGCAGCAACCCAUGAUCUAUAUUUGUGGAGGUGAGAACGUUAGGUAUCAGAUAUUCUGGGGUUGGUUUGGUUAUCAAUACAUGCAGGAAUUGGAAGAUUGUUUCUUUAUUUACAUGUGUUGAAAUAACUAGAAAUCACAGAAAAUAUAACGGGCAACAAUUGGAUUCUUACUUAGCCCAUUGUAGCCAAAUGUUUAGUAGUGUCACAAAUAAAAACAGUGAAAAUACUUAUGAGUACUCUAUUAGUGGGUAACCAUGCCCCCGUGAGUAGUGUCACAAAUAAGAACAGUGAAAAUACUUAUAAGUACUCUAGUAGUGGGUAACUAUGCCCCUGUGUUGGUUAUUGUGGAGAUGUAUGUUACAGGUUUAAAUAAAUGAAACACAAAGCAGACCCACAUAAACUAAUUGUGUUUUAUCAUUUGUUUUAUUGCACAUAAGGCAAUAUAAUUUCAACUGUAAAAGCAUAAAUGAGCUUAUUAAAAACAUAAUUUUAUCUGAUUAUUGCUUAUUACGUAAACCAUACAAAUGAUUCCAAAAGUAGAAUGUGGUUCAUGGAUGGAUCAUAGCAGAUUCUGGACUGAGAUUCUAGAAGAAGCUUCAAUAAGUAUAAUGACCUUUUAUGUUGCUGAGAACCUCUUAUUGAAUUUUAAAAUAAGGAGCUCUCGGUACGUAAUGCGAGGUUCCAUAAAUAAUGUUUACAUUAGAAGGGCCCAAACAGAAUGUUUGUCAUGUAGCCGUUCAAUGUUUUAUUUUUUUUCUUGGGUUUUAUGAACUCAAAUACUGUAGUGCACUAAAUUGGGAAUUGUGGCUGUAGUCAUUUGAAUGAUAUGUCAAGACUGAAUUGAGAAACUGAAAGUGUGAUUCUGUUCAGCUCUUAUAGGGCUUCAGGAAAAGCACGCCCACUAAUCUAAGAACCAAUUGAACAUUUUUUGUCCUAGUGUUCCUCCAUAAUUGUCCCUUUAAGGCCCAAUAACAUGUUCAUAUCAUAAUGAACUCGCCUUUUAAAGUGGCUGUCACUUCUGAGCUUUUUGUAAUGAAAGAUUCUUUGUGAUCUCUUUAUGACUGGGUUUUCAUUUUUCUUUGAAAUUCCAAUUAAGUUACAAUACUACACUGUGUCAAGUAAUUGCCCACCUUUGGCAAUAGACAGAGUUCCUGCCACAUUUCCCACCAGAGAUCCGUAUUAGUGACUGAUGGGAGAAGAUAUCAUAAUGUGCAGUAGAUGCCUAUGCGCAUGCACAAGAUUAUCUACGGAAAAUCUUGCAAGAUCCUUUAGGCCUAUUUAAUAUUUUGUAUUUUUGCAUGCUCAAAUCUUUGUAGUUUUUUGCAUAAAUAAAGUAAAUGUUUUUCAGAAUGUUGCACCAUAAUCCUGUCUUUUUAGUGUCCCCCCCUUUCCCUCUCCCAAACCUAGAAAAAAAACUUCCUUAUCAAAUGUAUGCACAAGCUCAGCCGCUGACUGUACUGAAUGAUCUGUACUACAAAUCCGCAUUUAUAAAACACCCAAUGAGACAUAUACAGGGUUGUUCACGAACGUGAGAAUUCAGAGGAUUUUCAAAUUUUAGGCCAGAGUAGCUGAACCGGAAACACAGCUGACUUAGAAAAUAUUUUUUCAAUUUGGCUAUUUUGGCCUUAAAUUUGAAAAUAAUUUUGUAUUCUCACUUUAGUGAAUAAGACUGAUAGUAAGGAUAUCACUACAUGUUUAUAGUUUCUCUGACUGUCUGCAGCCAGGUCUUGAAUUAAAAGCAAUUCACUUGGGGCUGAAAAUGUGUGUGUACAUUUUUAAUAAGGGGUUUGGUUAAGGAGGAAGGCAUCUGGUGCAGACUUCUCCUAAACACUAUUUAUUUUUGUGCAAGAACUAUAAAGAUUUGAGAAUGCAAAAAAUUGCAUAUUAAUGAGCUUUACAUCUAUCAAAUGCAUUACAAUUGUAUUGGUGCUGUUUCUAUAAGUUAAGAACGUCUAAUUAGGUGAUCCACCCUUGGCUGCCUCUACACAUGAGGAGAUGCCACCUUGUGAACUAUUUUGUAAAUUACUUAUAUAGUUUUGAAGCAGUGAUCAUGUUGAAUGUGUAUCUGCAUGCAAACUUAUUUCCUUUUCUAUUUCAGAAUGCCACACCGAAAAUGAGAUAAAGGCCAGAGAUCCAAUCAGAUGCAGAGAAUGUGGUUACAGAAUUAUGUACAAGAAAAGAACCAAAAGAUGUAUCCUUUAUUUUUAUGAAUUUCUUGUUUGCGUAUUAGCUGAGCAAGGAAUUAUUUCCAACCAUAGAUCAUUUCACUAAAAGGUAGUAAAAAGGAGUGAUGGGAAGAAGAGAUGCACCAAACAAUGGCAACCAUUAAUCUGACUAUACUGAUUCCCACCCCUUUUUCUGCAUUAUAAUAGAGGCAUGUUUAAAGAAGAAGGAAAAAAAAAAGACAAAUUAUGGCCUAUGGGUCCAGUGAUUUUCGCCUAGUGCUCUGGAAUUGUGGUCCCCUGCCAUUGUAUAUAAGAAGCAGAUGCUAAUUAGGUCUGUAUUUGCACAGAGACAGUUAUUAUUCAUGAUUACAUUUUCUGAACGUGAAGAUGGGAAUCUUGUAUAACCUUCAAACCACACCAUCUUUAUUUUUUGUAAUGCUAAGGCACUACUUUACUCUAAUAUUAUUGAGUGUAUAUUUUGCGCAUUAGAUCCCAUACCCCAGCAGUUCAUCUUAUAUGUCUUGCAACAUUAGAUACCAUGUAGCCAUAUCAUUUUUUUUACUCCCUGUUCCUGUGUUAUCUCUUCAUGGUGCAUACGCAGGGUCCCUUCAAAUUGACUUUGCACACAUGAAAAAUUCCUUGCACUCAAAGCGGAGUUGACACAAAGGCAUAAAAAAAAAUAAAAAAUUCUUUUUUACAAAACAUACGUAAAAUAUGGUAGGUAGUAAAGUAUAGUGCCACUGUUACUAACUUAAGGAGCCACUAGACUUCACAAAUGACUGUUGCGGCUGAACAAGUUUUACAUCUGAACAACAGUCUCUCAAAGGACCACUAUAGUGCCAGGAAAACAUGCUCAUUUCCUGGGUUUAUAGGGUCCUUGGGUCCCCCUCCCGCCAGGCUCUAGGGUGAGGAAGGGGUUAAAUUCCCUCCCGGCGCUGGGGACUCUCCUCCUUCUUCUGCCGUCAUCGGCUGAAUGCGACUGCGCGGCAAGAUCUGCGCGCGCAUUCAGCCAGUCUCAUUGGAAAGCAUUCUAAAUGCUUUCCUAUGGAUGCUGGCGUCUUCUCACUGUGAAAAUCACAGUGAGAAGUGCGAAAGCGCCUCUAGUGGCUGUCAGAGACAGCCACUAGAGGCUGGAUUAACCCAUUUGUAAACAUAACAGUUUCUCUGAAACUGCUAUGUUUACAGCAGGCAGGGUUAAUCCUAGAUGGACCUGGCACCCAGACCACUUCAUUAAGCUGAAGUGGUCUGGGUGCCUGUAGUGGUCCUUUAAUAGAAUUCCCUUAGCUUGAGUCUGACCACCUGUAAUUUAAAUCCCUUGUAAUCUAUUGUAUUAACAGUAUAUGAGAGCGCAUGGUUAAUGGGUGAAUAAAAUCCUCAUUAAAUGUAGGUCUUAUAUUUCUUUAGGUAAAUGAGUUAAACAAUACUUCCAUUAGGUAAAUGAUGCUUACUGUACAUUUUAUUUGUACAAACUUACAAAUAUUGCUUAGUGUACAUUUAAUUUUUCACACACCAUGAGCUUUUUGAUAAAAAUACAAAACUGUUGAUCAUGUGAUGUCAGCAGCCAAUCAGAACAGAAGAACUGUUAGUGACGCUAGUGUUUGUAAAUCGCUGCGCCAGUCAGCAUCUCCUCAUAGAGAUACAUUAGCUCAAUGCAUCUCUAUGGUGAACAUUCAUUUUCUUCAUGAAAAGUGACAAAACUUGACAUAUGAGUCUUACACACAUUGCAGGACUGCAACAGGAAUUGCCUCUAGUGGCUGAGUGAGAGCCCCUAGAUGUAUCCCUAGGAAGGAAUGUAAGCGCUGCGUUUUCUUAGAAAAGUCAGCGUUUAAAUUUCUGAGACUGCAGGGAUAGUUUCUUUGCACCAGAACAAUACAGUGAAUUAUAGUGCCCUUAGUUUCCCUUUUAAGGCGGCACUGUCAUGCCAAACUUACCUCUCUCCUAUUGUUUCCUCCUUUCAUCCUCUCUCAGAAUCUGUUCUUUUCUGAUCUAAUUUUUUCUUUAAAACAUAAAGUAGGGACUGCUUUGUCUUAUGUAUUUUUUUUUUUCAAUUCUUGACUUUCUUUGACCAAAGGAGUAGCUUAAGUCCACUUCAUUCCGUAUGUUAAAGGACCACUAUAGUGCCAGGAAAACACUUGUUUUCUUGGCACUAUAGUGCCCCGAGGGUGCCCCCACCCUCAGGGUCCCCCUCCCGCCCGGCUCUGGAAGGGGGAAAAGGGUUAAAUCUUACCUUUUUCCAGCGCUGGGCGGGGAGCUAUCCUCCUCUUAUCCUCCCCGUCGGCUGAAUGCGCACGCGCGGCAAGAGCUGCGCGCGCAUUCAGCCGGUCACAUAGGAAAUCAUUCAUAAUGCUUUCCUAUGGACGCUUGCGUGCUCUCACUGUGAUUUUCACAGUGAGAAGCACGCAAGCGCCUCUAGCGGCUGUCAAUGAGACAGCCACUAGAGGAAAUAGGGGAAGGCUUAACCCAUUCAUAAACAUAGCAGUCUCUCUGAAACUGCUAUGUUUAUGAAAAAAUGGGUUAACCCUAGCUGGACCAGGCACCCAGACCACCUCAUUAAGCUGAAGUGGUCUGGGUGCCUAGAGUGGUCCUUUAAGAAGAAGGGUGGGUGCAUUCUUUGACACAGGAAAUGGAGCUGAAUUAAACUCAUCCUUUGGUCAAAGAAAGUCAAGAAUAGGAAAAAUACAAAAGACUAGUCCCUACUUUUGUUUUAUGUUUUAAAGAAAACUAGACCAGAAAUAAAGAAAAGAAGAACUGAGAGAGGAAGAAACGAGGAAACCGGAGAAAGAUAAGUUUGGCUGACCGUGCCGCUUUAAGUUUUAACUUAGGACUCUCUCUCUUUGUCAUGCUUGCUGAUCGUGUGAUCAUUGUAUGAAUUUGUCUGAAUAGCACAAGAAUUGCAUGUUGCACAUUUUAUACCAUGUUUUUAAUGUAAAUUUUCCUUAAUUAUGCAUUCUUCAGUGGUCGUAUUUGAUGCUCGUUGAUGUUCACAGAUGGUGCUUUUUUUUUUCCCUUGCUUUUUUCCACUUUGUUCCAACUUGUUUAUAUUUUCAGAAAAAUAAAUAUGUGAUGCUUUAGUUUGAAAUUGUAAAUUAUUACUUGUUUUGGAAUAAAGAUUUUAAAACCUGA